AGUCUUUCGUGUGGUCCCUCAAGCGAAGGAUGAGGCACACGCAUGCGCACUCAGUAGAUCCAUAAACAAUCCUAGGUGGGCAUCUUGCGCUGAUCUGGUUCUGCAAAACACAUCGGCCGAUUGUAGGCAGCUAAUUGAUCGCGUCGCCAUGGCAUCCAGUGGAUUUGUGCAGGCUGCGGUGCUGCUGCUGGCCCUCCAGCUCCUGUGUCUGGGUGCAGCUGAUGCGGAUCAGGAGACCGGGACUGUGAUCCCCGCAGAGAGUCGCCCAUGUGUGGACUGUCAUGCAUUUGAGUUUAUGCAGAGAGCACUGCAAGACUUAAAGAAGACCGCUUUUAACCUGGAUGCCAGGACGGAGACGUUGGUGCUUCGGGCAGAGAGGAGAGCUCUGUGUGACUGUAUGCCCACCAGCUCACUGGGCUGAACUCUGCUCUGUACAGCCUCUGUUUUCACCUGAGGACACGCCCACCUGCCAUCCCACCCCCACAACACACAAAACAACCCUCCUCCAAAACCUGGACUCACAUACAGAGAUCUCCAUCUUAACUUAUUCACACAAUAGGCACUUUAUUUUCUCGUCUUUAACGUCACGGUCGGGUGAAGCUUAUGAUUUGAUAUCAUGCGUCACAAUUCAUGUUUUAUUUUGCCUUAUUUGUCUUUUAUACCAGUAAUGUUUUAGAUCGUGAAACAUGACUGUACAAUUAGUUUAAUGAUUUUUAUCACUGCAAGAUCUGGGUCAUCUGUCUCCUAUGAAACUAUUUUUUGUACUCUGUAGUAUUUGACUGAUAAUGUAGAUACAGUAGAAUACAUCGGUACAUUUACUUGUUGAAUGUGUUAUAAGAGAUUAAUGUUUACGAUGAUUAUACACUUCAAACUGUAGCAUCUCAUGUUAAAUUUACUGCUCAGAAUAUUAAGAUUUUGAUGAGUUACAUUUUAGGAAUUAGCAAAAAUUUCUCUAAUUUCAGUUUGUAAAAGCAUCAUAAAUGGAUUCAUUUUGGUCUGGUUUUGUUUGGAGAAAGGGUUAGUAAAGGUUAUUAUACUGAAUAUGGAAUAACUGAAGAAUUUUGUAAAGAAAUGUGAACUUUUUGGGCAGAAAAAUUGUACUUGUAUGUCUUGAUUUAGCACAGCACUGUAGCAUGAAUUUACAGCACUUUCUGUUUACCUACUGUUAAUAUAGAAUGUAUGUAUACAUGGGGUAUAUGUACAUGGGUACAUGUAAUAGAGGUGUUUAAAGACUAUGUCCUUUUAGUGGAUGCAAGAACAGUGAUGACUUACACAGUAUCAGAUGAACUGCAAUAUGAGAAGGUGAAGUACGGACACAUUGGCUGCAGUGGGGGCAUAGACAUAGAAAAACUCACUGUCUUGUUAACAUUUUGUCACAAGAAUCCCCAUUUAUUGUCUUACUGUUGUACCUAUUAAUAAAAAUUACGAAUGAUCUUCA